AUGUCCGCUAACGAUCCAAUCAACCUAGCAGAUACCUCAUCAUCAGAGGAGGAAGACAAUUUUGGUGAUAGCUGUACGACAGAAAAUGAAGCAAACAUAUACAUUAAAGGCGACAAUGGAACAGAUGCAACGGAUACCAAAACAGCGAAAGCUGAACUUCAGGCAGCCAAGUCAAGUGAUGGCGGUGAAAUUUUUCGGGAAGAUUCUGGAACCAAGUUACCACAGCGAGUCAAUAUUCCAGAGAGGGCAAGUUUGACCCAGUCAAAUGAUAUUCCUCCGUCAGAAGAAACUCGAAAGAAACCUAAGCUCGUUCACAACACACUAGUAAAACACGACGAUGAUGGGAAUGCGUUCGUAGCAGACAACGUUGGAUCACGGAAUACCAAUGAUAAUGGCGAUUCAAACGAUGACGAGAUCGUUUGGUUGGGGUCUCGUGCCAGUGUACCAAAGCCAGACAAGGUCGUGCCGAUAGCCGAACUGAAGAAUUCUCUAGAGGGAUUGACAAGAGCCCAAGUUUUUGAGAGAAUGAAAAACGAUCCCAGGAUACAGCAAACCUUGGACUCACCUAUUGCCGAAUCGACUGAAAAAGGAAGGUCGAUGGAAGACACAAUCGAUAUAAGCGACGGCAGCAGUAUCAUUAGUGUUCAUUCCCUUGUGGAUGUGGACGCGCGGGUGAAUCCAGAAUUCGACGAUGUAUCCGUCAUUGAAAUGAGCUCUUCUGAAGAAGAAGACUCUGAUGAUGAUGAGGCCCCUUUUAUGGGCGACACCAGUUUUAUGAUGACCAAUGAGCAAUCCAAAGUGCGAGACGAACUAGUCGUUGAGGAAACACCGGAGUUACUGGAAGAGGCUCCAACAAGACCACGCGUUUCCAUCAGGGAGAUGGCUGAAACAUUCAAGAAGGAUCACGACUCCAAAGAGGAUGAGAAGAUACUAGUAGUUGUCGAGGAGGCUGUGAGAAAAGUUCACAGCAAGCGAAAGCAAACAUUGCGUAGAAAAGCGAAACGUUUUCAAAGGAAAACACGAGUAACAGUGGUGGCCGAGACGCAAGAAAACAUAAAGAAGUUUCCUACCCAGUCAUCUGAGAAGCCAUGUCUGAUUCGUGGAGAGUAUCUGGAUGACCCAAACCACCCGCUGCCCAAAUGUCAAGUCACGUUCAUACCGAUAAAAAAAAGCACAGGAUGUUUUGAUAAGCAUCCUACUGAGCUACUCGAUGUAUGUUAUGACUUCGAAUGCAUGGGCUGGCUAGAUUACAAGGAGGGAUUGCAGGAGCAGAGAAUGAUCCCAAGGUACAUCAUUGAGCGGCGCAUCAAGGAAGCGGAAGAGGUAGUUUCUCGCGUAUGCAAACGGCUUGGGACAUCAGGAGAACUACCGAAAGUUGCGCAGUCGUAUAUCGCCACACUAAUGAACUUGUCAGCGAAAAGUAUCUUUCACAUCUGGUGUCAGCAAUUGAAAAAAAAGGCAACUUCGGGUCCCAAAUGCGUUGUACAACUUAUUUGUCAGGAUGUCAACUCCGAUAAUUUGCUGGCUUCGUUAGGCUGUCAGUGCAAGUCAAAAUGCCUGACUCCUAAUUGUCCUUGUCAUCGUGCGGGCCGCGAGUGCAACCCUGAUUUGUGCAAGACUUGCCAAACAUGCACAGACCCUGCAGGUAUUCCCAAAGAGAGAAAGCAAAAAUGUCGCAAUGACAACAUACGCAUGCAUCGUCAAAACAAAGGUCUAUUCUAUGGCAAGUCCACGAUUCCCAAAGCUGGUUGGGGUCUCUUUUGCAAGACAGAAAUCAAACGAGGAGAGUUUAUUGGCGAGUAUGUUGGGGAGGUGAUAAACGAGGACGAAAUCAAUAGGAGAACAGCAACUGGUGAGAAUCUCGACUACCUUUUUGACUUAGGAAACGGGCAUUGUGUCGAUGGGUUGCGCCAGGGCAAUUUCACCAGAUUUAUGAAUCACAGUCACGAGAACCAGAACGUUCGAGCAGCAAUUAUGAAAGUUGAUGGUGGCCCACGCAUUGCCUUUUUUGCGCGGAGCCGAAUUAUACCCGCAGAGACAGAGCUCUUCUUUGACUAUGGUAAACGGUAUAAGACUGAUUUUUCGACAGGAGCUACUUCUAGAAGCAGACCUUGA